GUUUCCGGAAGAUCAACGAAGACGUGAACCGAGAAGUCAACCCAUUUCCCUGGACAUUCUUUUUUUUUUUUUUGGUAGGGGUGGUUGGGAUUGGUUUAGAAAAGGGAAAAAAAAAAAAGAAAAUUAGAGAUGGGAGAACUUGACCGGCACUAAUUUCCACAAUCCAAUGAUAAUAAUAUAACAGUUCAAAGUCUAGUAAUAACUUCUGUUUUGUAAUACCUUUGAAAACAAGAGACAGUAAUGCAGUAAGAUUCUACAGCUAAACACAAUCCAGAUAAAUAUUAUUUUGUACAUAAACACUGGUCAGUUUUGGACCUAUCAACUUAGUUAAUCAACAUAGUCAACAAUUUAUUUUUCUGAGUAUUGUCUACCUUGACUAGCAGAUAAUCAUGGCAACCACCUGAGAAACAGUCAGAGAUGAGGUUCAAAGAAAACCUUAAAAUUUAGCAGAUAAUCUUGGCAACCACCUGAGAAAUAGUCAGAGAUGACGUUUAACGAAAACCUUAAAAAUUCUUAUCACAUCCCACUAUGUUUCACUAAAAAAUUCAAGUCAAAGUCCUGACAUCUUGUCUUGCUGACAUUUUAAACAGCCUUAACGUACGAAUUCAUUUAUGACCAAAGCAAGUAAAUAGCUCAAAUGAUAGUGAAGAUGUUUAUUAGAAAGAGUAAAUCUUGGAAAUAGAUUGAAACAUAAUGAAUGAAACAAAUAGAUAUGGUUGUACCGAAAAAGAACAACCUAGACAAUACUCGAAGGAAAUAUAUCAAAUAGGGAGUAUAGAACUCUACCAUAGACGAAGAUUUCAGCUUUAAGCAAGAGAUAACAGGCGAAGAGAUUGAAACGCGAUGGGAAGGAUAGGUUGCACCAUAGAUGGAAACUUGAAUGAUUCGGAAUUCAGCCAGCCUAUGCCAUGGAUUGGUGUCUAUGUAGCAGCAGCUUCUGCAGCUUGUGCACUGGGGAUGGCAAUGGAUGCUUUUCAUGGACUGCGCUACAGAAAAUUCUGGUUUCCUUGCAACUUCUUCUCUCUCAAUGCUACAACUUUGACGCUACUAGCUGUUGCCACCAAGUUGUCUGUUGAUCUAAAUACAUCCAUGCCUCGUCAACAAGAUCAGUUGACAAAACUUAGCAGUGCUGCUCUAAUCUGUACGGUAAUUGCUAAUUUCAUGCCUUCUUUAGGUCUCAUGGAGAAUCAAGAGCUGUUGAUGAACAUAAUGGCUUUAGGAAUUUUCGUUAUAACAGCCAUCGUGAACAUUGGCAUACAAUUAGCUACUGGUGUUAUCUAUGUUUUCUUCAAAGAGCAUAUAGCCCUCAUGUUUCUCAUGCUUGUUUUGCUUCUACUACUGAUAUCCUCAGCUGUGACAAUACCAACUACAAAGCGUUAUUUGGACCUGAAAUAUAAAAAGAAGUACAAGUUAGCAAACAAAGAAUGCAACAUCAUGGGUACAUGCACAGCUGAGAAACUUAAGUACGAAUUGAUGAAAUUUUGGACCAUGGCCUAUACCUCUUGCCCUCAUUUCGUGGGAGGGCGCUUAGUAACAUGCACUGCUUCUGGAGUUUUUUGCCUUAUGAGCACUGGAAUUUAUGCCGAUGCCAUGUUUAGGUCUUACAUCCUCCAUAAGAGCUUCAACUUUUGUAGUGGAGACUCUGAAUACAAGUGGUCCUCAACCUUGAUUCUUGUAACUCACACAGUGGCAAUAGGAGUAGGAGCUAUUGCACCAGCUUUUAGAUGGUUCAGAGCCAUAAAUUUCAACUGCCCCAAAAAAGCAAAUAAUGCCUGCAAACUCAAGUUGUUCAAAGUGGAGAACUAUUGGAUCCGUAUCCUGCUUCAGUGGAAAGAAUGCCCAUUGGAUUUCAGAUAUUGUGGACGGCAUGGUAAAAAAUUUGCUCAUAAAUCAAAGAACAAACUUCUUGAUUUAUGUAUUUUGGUGCAAAUUAUGAUGGUGUCACUUAGUAAGCUAGUCCGGCUCGUUUCCAUUUUCUCUGUAAGCCAGUCACUGAUAUACUGCCGGAAAGCAAUCAAGAUGCUAAAAUGCUACAGUAUGAUGUCGAGCCUCGAUACAGAAUUGGGGUCCCAAACCAGUUCAAAACCAGAUCUUAGCUGCUAUGCUUUACACCUUGAAGGAGAGGAAGCAUUAAUUGAUUUGAUGAUGCAAAGCAACAGUGAUCUGGUAAAUCAUUGGAUUGGGAUAGGGAAAAAGAAGCAGCCUAAACAUCUUCUACGACUUCUGGAGAAACUGAAAUCAUCACCUGGAUUCAGAGGAGUGCAUAAAUUUGACAGUGCUCACAUUCCUUCACUAAACUCGGAAAAUCCUCCCAAUUGUUGGGCUCUUCCUGUAGUGACACUAACAAGCAUAGCAAUUGCACUUCCAAAUAUCAACUUUCAUUCAAUCAAGGAACUCAUCAAGUGUGUGAAUGAAGGUCUCAUGUACAUCAAAGUAGUGGAAGAUAACCUGGAUGCAAGAAAAGACCUCGCAAACAUCAGGCGAGCAGCAGAAUUAGUGUGGUUAGAAGUUGAUCUAUGUUACAAAUGGCUGGAUGUGGAUCUCCGGAAGAUAGCCACUGAAGGACAAAAUCCAAAACACAUGCUUGAAAGUCUCUCUGAGAAAGCAAAGCAGAGAUUCAUCGAAUUCAGAAAGAAAGAUUCGACUGUUUGUCCAAAGGAAUCACCUUCAAAAUGGCCUAUCAAUAUGUUGGCAGCCAACAGUAUGUACAGAAUCUGUCAAACUCUUUUGGUAAGCUCUGAUAGCAUAGAGUUUGAGAACAGCAAAAUCAUGUUUGAUAAAUUGUCAUCCAUGAUCACGGACAUAACAGGCGCUUGUCUUACCAACCUACAAAGAGUUAUGCAAUGCCACCAUGGAACCAUUACGGAGAGAUCAAAAGGUGUCCGUUCUGCCAUCUUACUUCUCGGAAAAGCAGAGAAUAUUCUGGAAAUUCUUCGUUCACAGCCACUUCCAAGUUCAGUACCAGAUCAAUUGUCAAAAAUAGAUCAUUGGUGUACACUGAGCAAAGAGGAAGACUACCUCUCCUGCAGUCGUAGUUCAACCUCAAAUUGUACUCCAACUUCCCAAAGUUCAUCUGAUUUGUAUCUAAAUGUGGACUGAGAAACAAAUGCCACCUUGCUUGGAUAGUCCUUACAUAUUGUUUUAUAAUGUAUCAUAUUAUAUUGCAUUUGUAACAAUGUUCUGAGAGAUUGUAUUAUCCUUCCCCUUCGUAACACUAUGCUAUACAUCACCAAUUUGAAGGACAAAACAUUGUAUUUAAAUAGCACCAGAACGUGCUUAAACGUGUUACUCAACUAGUACAUUUCUGAAUGUUGUCUUCAGUAACCACUUAGUUUAUACUAUGCCCACAACAUCUACAUUCAGAUUCCUAAUAAUGAAUUCUAUGAGAUCCCUAUCAACAUUACCAAGCAGAUCCCAAUUUUAAUACGAAAAUCCUAUGAAGCUGAGAGAACAGUAGUGAAUUUUAGUAGAAAGAAUUGAACUUGUUUGUGAAUUUCAUUUAGACAUUCAAACUACGACUGCUUUAUAUUUUUAGGUGUCAUAUACUAACAUAUAGCCAGGUGAAUAAUAGUUGAGUAUCUUAAAAUUCAAAGUAUAAAGAACCAAUUCAACAUGACAGAACCCUAAGAAAAGUCAUCCAUGGUUGGCUAUUUGAUCUAAAUUUUUUCAAAGGUGCAAUUUCCAGUGCUUUUGGAGUCAAAGACAAGAAAAGUCUAUUGAAGAAGAUGCAGACUCAAAAGUCAACCCAUUUCCUUGUUGGGUGGAAAGAUUUCCCCUUCUUAUUUUAUUUAAAAAACUAAAUAAGGAACUGAAUUAUGUGAAGGGGAUAACAAAUAUUGAAACUACAUUUUAUUGUGGGAAAGACCAGUGGUACCACAAGCUAAUAAUAGUAAACCUUAGUUCUUUUCAUAUUCUUUUUAUUUUUUAAGAAGUUGGUACUGUGUAUUACACUGGGUAAUUAGAGAAGGAAACAUUGAAAAUUCAACUCAAGAGUUUUAACUAAUUUGGGACACAUCAAAUGAGCUAAUCAGCAUGACCUGUAUUAUACCUAUUGUCCCACCUUUGACUAGCAGACAAUCUUGUCUAUUACCUGGACCCACCAUCCCACCCACCCCUUAUCUACUACUUGGACCCACCAUCCCACCCACCCCUUACAUAGGGGUGGGCGUCAGAUAAUAACAAUGAAAAUAACACAUUAGUAUAUGUCGAGUGUACACAAACCUUACCUCUAUCUUGGUGGAACAGAGAGGUUGUCUCCGAGAGGUUUUGAAAAAUUCUAGACAUGUGUGCUUGACUUUAAUAUUAAACACAUCAGAGGGACCCCUCCAACAAUCAAAGCCAAUUAUAACUCACUGAAUUUCAAAUAAAUAAUAAUGUUGUUGAUUUCUCUAACAUCAUUCAAUAAGUGAAAUCAUCCAUGACAAAAUCAAGUUAAUGGACAAAUUCCAGUGAAGAUGUUACCAGAAAGAGCA